AUGGGAGCUAUGAUGUCCUUGCUGUUUGCUGAGUUCGGCAUCGAGGUCAGCUUCUACGAUCCGUCCGAAGAACAUGGCCAGGCCCUCCUCGGACACGCCAAAGGGGCUAAGCUGCAGGACAAAAUCAAAUAUCGCAAGGACUACCAGACCCUAUGCGAGAACCUAGGAUCACCGAAAGUCUUUGUUUUCAGUGUCCCUUUUGGCAGCGUCGGCGACGAGACCAUCGAUGGUCUGCGGCCAUAUCUUCAAAAGGGCGACAUCUUGAUGGAUGCGUCAAAUGAGCACUGGCAGAGUACCGAGCGCAGACAGAAACGUUUGGAACCUGACGGGAUUCACUACAUUGGCAUGGGCGUGUCUGGUGGUUAUCAGUCGGCGCGCCACGGACCAUCUGUAUCCCCUGGUGGGAGUGAGGAAGCCUUGAACAUAGUCAUGCCGUUCCUGGAGAAAAUUGCCGCAAGAGACAAGCAUAACAGACCUUGUGUCACGAAGGUUGGCCCGGGUGGAAGUGGUCACUAUGUCAAGAUGGUGCAUAAUGGCAUCGAGCAUGGCCUGAUGUCGGUUUUGUGUGAGGUUUGGGGCAUCAUGAGGCAAGCUGUAGGUAUGGAAUAUGAUGAGAUAGCCUCGAUCUUCGAUUCAUGGAACAAAGAAGGCCCAUUAGAGCACAACUUCUUGAUCUCCAUUGGUGCUGAAAUGUGCAGAACACGUGAUCCGAAGGACAAUUCAUUCGUUCUGGACAGGGUCCGGGAUAAGGUAGUUCAAGAUGUUGACGAGACGGAAGGUACUGGCACAUGGACAUGCGAGGAAGCUGUACGGUUGCAUGUGCCUGCGCCGACGAUUAUGUCUGCGCAUCUUUUCCGGCUUGCCUCUGCUGAUGCUGCUCGCCGAGAAAAGGUCAAGAACGGGUUGGAUGGUGGGUUCAAGCCUGCAAAGAUGCAAUUGACAGGACAGGAGCGGACAGAUUUCGUCAAAGAUCUUCAGAAGGCAACCUACGCAUCCUUCCUGUUAUCGUUUAUUCAAGGAUUACACAUCAUCGAAAAGGCAAAUCACGAGCAGAAGUGGAACGUGGACUUUGCUGAUAUGCUUCAACUCUGGCGUGGUGGGUGCAUCAUCCAGUCGGAUUACAUAGUCGAUCUCCUCGAGAAGGUCUACCGACAGGACAAUCAUGAUGGCAAUGACCUCCUCGAUCAUCGAGAGAUUGGUGCACCAUUGAAGGAAAACUAUCCCGCCUUGAAAAGGGUCGUACUGAGAGCAAUUGAAGCUGAUGCUCCCGUGCCGAGUUUGAGCGCGUCGCUUGAAUAUCUCAAGUACAUAGCGUCGACCGAGCUGCCAACGCAGUUUAUGGAGGCACAAAUGGACUACUUUGGUGCCCAUAAGUUCGACUUGAAGUCCGCAGAACCAGGAAAGCCGGUCGCAGGAGAGCAUCACUUCGAGUGGAAACCUGCCAGAGGCGUCUUCGACGCACAUAAAUAG